AUGGGCAGGACAGGUACCAUAAUUAGGGAGUCGUUCAAUAUAAUGGACCAGGACGCCGACGGCUACAUGAACUUCAACGAAUUAGUAUAUGCCCUAAGACUCAUCGGAAUAUCGACCGAUUAUAGGAAGCUGUAUAAAAAUAACAAAAUCAUUUAUAACGUAAAAGAGUACUCCAAAAUAGCAAGGAAGGAGCUAGGAGAAGUGACCCCUCACGAAAAAUUAAUACACACUUUGAAAAAAUUAGACAAAGAUAACACUGGCUAUCUUAACGUAGAUACAAUAAUUUUUUUAGUUAUGACAAUGAGCAAUGUUUUAUCUGAUGAGGACUGCAGUAAUUUUAAGAAGUUUGUUGAUCCGGACAAUAAGAGUUUUAUAUCCUUAGAAAAUUUUGCGCAGAAGAUACUUUCCUGA